CUCCGUCAACAGAUCGAGAUGGUCUGGCGUGAUGCUCGGCGACGCAAACAUGGUCGCUCCGGCUUUGAGCUGGAGUUAUUUGUCUACAGGAAGAAGCCGGCCUGCCAACGCGCUACCCAGCCGCGCAUCCAAGAGCAGCUACCUAGAGUAGCGGGAUUUCUUCGUGAACGGCAAGUAUCGGCUAGACCAGCAACGACACUCUAUUUUGCUACAACCCAGGUCAGACAGCCGCCUGAAGCUCCUCUCGAAGUGCCAACUAAGACCCCGACCAAUUUCGUAGUGCCGACCAAUUUUAUGUUGCACAACUAUCAUCCAAUUACACCAUGCAAUUGA